UGUGGGAAGUUGGCAUUGAGACCUUUGAUGCAUCAUCUAAACAGAAUUUUAAGUUGCAUGCUUCUUUGUUAUGGACCAUCAAUGACUUUCCAGCCUAUGGAAAUUUAUCUGGAUGGAGUAUAAAAGGAAAGUUGGCAUGCCCAUGUUGCAAUAAAGACACCUCCUCAAUUCGAUUGGCUAAUAGUAAGAAGCAAUGCUUUAUGGGUCAUCGACGCUACCUUCCUCUUAGCCACAAAUGGAGGAAUGACAAGGAUUCAUUUGAUGGUACAAAAGAGAAAAGGCUCCCCCCAAAAAUGAAGUCUGGUAUUGAGAUACUUAAUCAAGUGCAAGAUCUUGAAGGGAUACAGUUAACAAAUGAUCCAAAGAAAAAGAAGAAGAUAUCACAUGAAAAUCGAAAGGAUAAUUGGAACAAGAAAAGUAUUUUUUUUGAACUUCCAUAUUGGAAGUCUCUCUUGUUGCAGCAUAAUUUGGAUGUUAUGCAUAUUGAAAAAAAUAUAUGUGAUAAUAUUAUGGGAACAAUCAUGAAUGUCAAAGGAAAGACCAAGGAUACAAUUAAUACUAGAUUAGACUUGCAAGACAUGAAUAUUAGGCCGGAAUUGCACCCCAUCCAAAGAGGGGAGAAAGUUGAAGUUCCAACUGCAUGCUACACAUUGCCUCCUGAAAGUAAGCACAAAUUAUGCCAAUUCCUAAAGAAUUUAACGGUUCCUGAUGGGUUUUCAUCUAAUAUUUCUCAAUGUGUGAACCUAAAAGAUCACAAGAUAUCUGGGUUGAAAAGUCAUGAUUGCCAUGUUCUUCUACAACAUAUACUCCCCCUUGCACUUCGUGGUAUGUUAUCCAAAGAAGUGUGUGAACCGCUUAUUGAGUUAUCUUUAUUCUUUAAUGUGCUUGGAUCAAAAGAGUUAAGGAUUGAUGACUUGAAACAAAUUGAAGCGCAAAUUCCCAUAGCGCUUUGCAAGUUAGAAAAGGUCUUCCCUCCUUCAUUUUUCGAUGUCAUGGUGCACUUGCCUAUUCAUUUAGCUAGUGAAGCUGAGAUUGGUUGACCUAUUCAUUAUCGGUGGAUGUAUCCUGUGGAACGAUGGUUAUUUUUUUUGAAAUCUCUGAUUGGUAAUAGGGCGUGUCCAGAAGGCUCUAUUGCAGAGGGCUACAUUGCAAAUGAAUGUAUGACUUUAUGUUCACGGUAUCUUCAUACGAUUGACACAAAAUUCAAUCGACCUGAACGAAAUUAUGACGGGGGUUUGAAAAAAAUCUAAUGGAGGUUUAUCUAUGUUCUAUCAACCUGGAAGUACUCUGGGAGCUAAAGAACAAUGUGAUCUUGAAGCAAAUGAAUUGGAACAAGCACAUAUAUACAUACUGAAGAAUUGCGAUGAAGUCAUACCAUAUCACGAAGAGUUUGCACAAACACAUGUGGAUACUGUGCAACACUUGUCUGAUGCAGAAUGGAACCGACAAUUUAUUGAAUGGUUUAAAGUUAGGGUUGCACAAUUGCAUAAAGGAGAUGAUAGUCGGAUCAUGGAAGAUCUGCUCUCACUUUCACGUGGUCCUACCCAAUAUACGACACAUUUUAAUGGUUAUAUUGUUAAUGGAUAUAGAUUUCAUCUAGAAGACUAUGAUAAAAAUUUAAGGACUCAAAAUUGUGGUGUUGUUGUAGUUGGCGAGAAUGAUAAAGAUAGUGAGAACGUUUUACUAUGGAAUUUUAACAGAUGUGAUUGAAUUGCAAUUUCUCAUGGAUAGAAGAGUGAUUUUAUUUCGAUGUAAUUGGUUUGAUGUGUAUGAUAAAAUAAAGGGAGUUAAAAAGAUGAGUAUAACUUCGUGAGUGUUAAUCCAGGGAGAAUUUUGAAAACAAAUGAGCCUUUUAUUUUAGCGGAGCAAGCAUCUCAAGUGUUUUAUGCUAUUGAUAACUCCAACAAAGGUUGGCAUGUAGUGAGGAAGACUCAACCUCGUGAUUCCUCUGAGAUAGUAAAACAAAUGGAUGAUGAUAUUGUAGACUUAGGAAAUCCUUCACAAAAGAAACGAAAAAGAACCGAUGAGGUGAAGUAUCUAUUUAUGAAUUAGUAUAUUCAUUGUUACAUAUACUGAUGGCAUGAUUUCUUUCAAUACUAUAUUGUCACACGUUGUCUAACUAUUUUUUACUUUUGGCUCUUUGCAGGUUCAAUAUGAAACCAUCAAAGACUGAAAAUGAGGUGGAAUCAACUAUGAAGAGUACAACCAAAUAUGCGUUCGUCCCACCGGGUGCUAUAAGAAAGGGACAAGGACGAGGACGAGGGCUUAGAUCUUUGGUUGAGAAAAAGAAUAUGCCAAUUAAGAGUUUAUUUCCUCAAUCUAGUGAUCUUGUUAAGCAAUACAUCCAAACAAUUGAAACAAGUGCUAUUGGGAAGGGACGAGGACAAGGGCUUAAAAGCUCUACCAUGUCUGCUAGUCAAGGAACGGGAAUGAUACAUAAAAACUCUAUCGUUCUUGAGAAAGAGUAUAUGCAAAUUGAUAUUCCAUUGCCUCCAUCUACUGAUCAAGUUAAGCAAUAUACCCAAAAAGUUGAAGCAAGUUCUAUAGGGAAGGGACGGGAGCAAACUCCUAGAUCUUUGUGCUCAUCUUCAGGGAUUUCUAAAAGUACAAGAUCGAAUUUUACCAUGUCUUCUAACCAAGAAAUGCGAACAAUGGAUAAAAACUCCUUGGUCCUUGAGAAAGAGCAUAUGCAAACCAAUAUUUCAUUGCCUCCAUCUACUAAUCAAGUUAUGCAACACUCUCAAGCAACUGAAACAGCUGUAGGUUCUUCAUCUAAUCCUGGAAAGGUAAAGAGAGUUCGAGGGAGGAACAAGUGCAAAGAAGUUGCAUCACUUGAAGUCGUACAAAAGCUGAAAGUAACCUUUUACAAUAAUCGAACAGUUGGAACAAAUAGGAAACUGUUUUCGAGGCACUUGGGAAGAAUCGUUCGUGACCGUAAUAUGUGUCCGUUGGGAGUAUCAUCGUGGAAUGAUAUUAAGGAAGAAAAGCUGAAUCACAUGUGGGCAGCUAUUGAGGAUAAAUUUGAGAGUGUUGACAUGAAUGAUCAUCGUGAACAUAUCUUCGGAUGGAUGAAAGAGUUAUGGAACAAAUGGAGAGGACACUUGCAUGCAAAAUAUGUGAAGGAUAAGCCAAUCCAACAUGCUCUUAAGAAUAUUCCAAAUGGAGUAGACAAGAAAGAAUGGGAGCGGUUAGUAAAGGAACAUUUUUGUUCAGAAAGUUUUCAGAUAUACAUGAUGGCUGACAAGAACUCUCGUCUAAGUUUCACUUGUUUGAGUUAUCGAAUUAUGUGUUGUGAUGUGUAG